GUGCGUACCGCUACAUUAUCAAUGCUUCUCGUGAUAAAGCCUCUCAUGGAUACUUAAGAUGAGCAAAAUUCGUCUGAAUACCCGCUACCUCAAUUUCGAAAUAUCAUUUCUAAGGAAAAGUACAGUUUGCUCAUUAAAGCCCAAGUCAACACUAGUCCAGCUUCUGAUUACCUUGCUGCACAAUGGCCUCUGCCGAACCCAUCAAAACUUUUGAGAUUAGAGAGAAAGCAACAGUUGAAACGCAAGCGGAACGCAAGUCAAUUCGAGACCUUAACGAGGAAGAGCUAGAUAAACUCAUCAAGGCCUGGAAAUGGAUCCAAGACCCCGCAAGAACAGGCGAAGAUUCCUUUUUCUACCUUGCUGGAUUGCAUGGUGAGCCUUUCCGAGGUGCGGGAUACAACAACCCCCAGUGGUGGGGGGGAUACUGUCAUCAUGGAAACAUCUUGUUUCCAACCUGGCAUCGUGCGUAUUUGAUGGCGGUAGAGAAAGCUCUGCGCAAGGCGUGUCCAGACGUCUCGCUCCCAUACUGGGAUGAAAGUGACGAUGAAACGGCGAAAAACGGAAUUCCGUGGAUUUUCACCCAGAAAUACUACAAGGGGAAGUUCAAUCCACUGUACUCCUAUACAUUUAGCGAAAAGAUUGUCGACCGCUUAGCAAAAUUUCCCGAUGCGGAUUACAGCAAGCCCAAGGGCUAUAAAACCUGCCGAUACCCUUAUUCUGGCCUUUGUGGCCAGGAUGACAUUGCGAUAGCCCAACAGCACAACGAUUUCCUUGACACCAAUUUUGAACCCGAGAAAAUUACUGAUCUGUUGAACAGAAAUGUCACAUCAUGGCUUAAUUUGGGCAAAUUCACCGAUACUAAAGGAGAACAAGUUAAGGCGGACACUCGCUGGAAAAUUCGUCAGUGUCUCUUGACGGAAGAGUACACUGUCUUCUCCAAUACAACUUCGGCUCAGCGAUGGAAUGAUGAGCAGUUCCAACCUCUGGAGUUGGGCGUUAAAGAAGCAGGAGCUAAAGCACCCUCGCUUGCUGUUCCCCUGGAAAGCCCGCAUAAUGACAUGCAUCUUGCUAUUGGCGGAGUCCAAAUUCCAGGUUUUAAUGUCGAUCAAUAUGCUGGCGCCAAUGGUGAUAUGGGGGAGAACGACACCGCCUCGUUUGAUCCGAUCUUUUACUUUCAUCAUUGCUUUAUUGACUAUCUAUUCUGGACCUGGCAGACGAUACACAAGAAGACGGAGGCUGACCAAAUAACAAUCUUGCAGGAGUAUCCUGGGACGAACAGUGUUGAUAGCCAAGGUCCAACACCUGGAAUCUCUGGCAACACCUGGCUGACCUUAGACACUCCCCUUGAGCCAUUCAGAGAGAACGGAGAGAAGGUUACGUCAAAUAAACUCCUGACCUUGAGAGAUCUUCCCUACACAUACAAGGCGCCCACAUAUCGCACCGGUUCAGGUUCCGUAUUCAAUGAUGAGCCGAAUCCCAGCUACCCACAUUCUCCACCAAUACUACGUGUCUCCGGCAUCAACCGUGCUAAUAUUGCCGGCUCCUUCGCCUUGGCUAUCUCGCAGACAGACCAACCUGGGAAGCCACAAGUAAAAGCUAUUGAAUCUGUGCUUAGUAGAUGGCAUGUGCAGGGCUGCGCAAACUGCCAGACACACCUAAGUACUACGGCAUUUGUGCCUCUGUUCGAAUUGGAUGAGGAAGAUGCAAAAAGAAAACAUGCAAAUAAUGAAUUGUCUGUGCAUCUGCACACUAGGGGUAAUCCGGGAGGUCAAAGAGUGCGCAAUGUUACCGUGGGAACUAUGAAAUAAAUGGAGGAUUGGUGUUGAGAUUCUGGCUAGCUCGCUCCCGCUAUGUCUUUAUCAGCGAAGGGGGUGCAAGACAUACAACUGGCUAGCGAAGCUGUUA